AUGGGGGAGCAGGCGAAUUCAACUCUAUCCACACCUCCAACCUCACCUCAAUCCUUACCUCCAACUUCAUCUCCACCUCCACCCUCACCUCCAACCUCAACUCCAACAUCAACUCUAUCCACAUCUACAACCUCACCUCCAUCACCUCCAUCCUCACCUCCAACCUCAACUCUAUCCACACCUACAACCUCACCGCCAUCCUCACCUCAAUCCUUACCUCCAACUUUACCUCCAACCUCAUCUCCAUUACCUCCAUCCUGA